ACCUAAGGGCUAGUGUAGUCUCAUACUCACAGUCGUUUUUUAUAAUUCGGUAGGAGCAGAGCUCUCCAACACAAAAAAAAUUUUUGUAUUAUAUAAAUCCUGGAAAUUUUCCAUAUUGUUAUAAUUUGGUUUCUUUAGCUCAUAGCCCCGAAAAAAAGAAUACCGAGCGUGUUGCAAUUUAUUGUCGUGGAAAAACGUUUUUCGAAGCUGUACUCAAAAUUUUUGGAUAUUUUCGAAGCUGAAGCUGUCCAAACAAGCAUGAACGGUAAGCAGUAUACCAGCAUUGGUAAGUUGGCCCGGCGAGGCGCCAACCUGCCGAUCCUGCCCUCGGGCGCCACGAUGCGCAGUUUAUACCACACUGGAUCCAAUAUGGGCCCCAACAUGGGUCAGAGCUUCCGGCAGGCGUCUCGCCGCAAUUCGGCCGCCCGAAGCAACCCGGUGCAGCGGAUAAAUGCAUCGUCGACCAGCGGGCCGACCACCAGCGGAUCGACCAACUUACUCCACAAGAACAAGCUGCGGAAGGUCAUCGGGGUGAAGAAGACGCUGGUCAACCAGAUGCAGGGCAUGGUGCGCAACCCCGGGCCGGAGAAGCAGGUCGGACCCUACAAGAUCUAUGGGAAGACGCGUCUGUUCUCCUCGUCGAGCAGCCUGCAGGGCCAGUCGCCCGGGCCAAUUGCCCGCCGCUGGAUGAGCAGCGAGCAGCAGGUGCAGCGCAAGCAGCUGCGCUAUGAGGAGGACGACGACGAAGAGUUCGAAGAAGCCGAUCUCAACAUGGAAGACUCGAGUCACCGCUACCCAGCAUCGCUAUCCGCCACUCAAAGACGUUUCCAGAUGUCCCAUUACAACCGCGGCCCGGCUCUAAAGGCGGCCCAGGACAUUAGCCGGUCUAUUCAAGAUGAACUGAUGGUCGUGGACUCUGAUGUCCGGGACAUGCUCAACUGCGACCCUACCAAGAAUAAUGUGCGUGAAUUCAACGAUCAGCCACGGUCUACUAAAGGCGAUCCUCUUCGCGGCUGGAAUCGUCCCGGCAACCUGAAGCACCUAUCCGACAUUGCCGUGAUUGGAGAUCAAGAAAAAGAAAAUCCGAAACCGAAAAUCUCUCCCCGAACUCUGCCAGAUGACCAGGAGAGCCGUCUUACGAAGCCACGUCGCCGCCGACAAAUGGUGGUGGGACGUGUCACUACCAACCAGUUCGCCCCCGAAGCCACUGGUGUUGCCCGCAAUAAAGAUACCAAGAAUCCCAAGACAAGCGUCCCCAUGAACCAGAACAUGGCGUUGGCCCAGUUGGGCGGAAUCUACUCAGACCGGAACAGACCGAUCCCGCAGAAUAAUAAAAUCUCCGAUUGGCGCAACGAGGCACGUCCGACGAUGAACAAGCAGGAGCCCAAGCCCCAGCAGAUCGACGAUGAGUUUGUGCUUAUGGACGUAGCCCUGGCCAGGUCUGUUAAGCCGGACAUCACGGGGGCUCGGGGCAUCAAUCAGCCUGAAGUGGAGGAGCAGACACCGCCACCUCCACCGCCAAUAGCUAGCAAUGUGUCCUCCUUGCGUUACGAUCAGCCCAAGGCGGAGAAGGACUUUCUCGAGCGGAUCAUAUUCAAUGGAAGCCGCAAUGAACGUGGCGGAAAUCCCCGUCUGGACGAACUGCACUACGAGCCGUCAAUCGAUCUGGAUCUCAUCCAGAGAUCCGGUCUAAUCAGCGCUUCUCAACAUGUGAUAAACAAGAAGUUCGCAGGCUACAGGCAGAGUCUGUCGGGGAAUAGAGACGCCGUCAAAUACAAUCGGGCAUCUCGGCAGGUCGUUGAUCCAGUGGAUCCGAUCCCCCAAUUGUAUUCAAAAGCCGUCAUUGAAAUGCGAGACUCAUUGCCUGCUGCGUUGAAGCGCGACGCCGCUCCUAGACGCACCGAAGUCGCUCGUAUCGCCACUCCCACAUUUACCGGACGUUUCCGCAGGUUCGAAAGGACCCAAAAGGAGCCGGAAAAGACUGAAAAGUCUGAGAAGGAGAGUGACAAGGAUCCGAGGCUCUUGCGGGCCACCAAGUCAUACAUGCCGCCGCCUCGCGGGUCGAAGAAAGUUUCGAAGAAAACGUCCUGGGAAUCUGUCCCCAGGGAGCAAUUGGCCAGGACUAAGCCUGUGAUAAGUCCUAAGAUAACCGUUGGCGAGAGGCGGGAUGCGAAGCGCUCGGAAGUUUUCCCGACCGAUCCCCAGGAAGACGAUAUCAAAAUGCCCAAGAACUACUCCAAGGAGUCAGCCGUACAGCGUCUGGGCAAGCCCUAUUCUCGCUCCCAUCGUGCCAACAAUAGCUACUAGAUCCGAGGUGGAGGUUCAGUUCAGUUCAGUCCCAAUACUAGUCCAGUUUCGUUCAACCAAAUUCAAAUGACCCAACCCCAAUGAUCAGGUCUCGUCGUUUUUCCCCGUACUCCUGUUGCAAUACCCCGGAUUUCGAUGUGGGCUUCAAAAUCGUUUCAAGUCAUGCAAAUUGCUUACUUUAUUGGAGAAGCUAUUCCUGCCACUACCGCAAGUCUCAAGAACAAGCGGCGUCUAUCAAAUGUAUUAAGAAUCAGUGUGGUACUCAAGUGCCUCAUCUUUUGUAUAAUGUUUUGGAUCAUAUCGUUAGGCUACCAAACCAAAAUUUACACGAAAA